GGCGGAGGCGGAGCGGGCGCUGUAAACAGACCCGGGAGCCGCGAGCCCCGGAGGAGGCGCGGGCGGCGCCGCCAUGGACUUCCAGCAGCUGGCAGAUGUCGCGGAGAAGUGGUGUUCCAGCACACCCUUCGAGCUCAUCGCCGCCGAGGAGACCGAGCGCAGGAUGGACUUCUACGCCGACCCGGGCGUCUCCUUCUACGUGCUGUGUCCGGACAACGGCUGUGGCGACAGUUUUCACGUGUGGAGCGAGAGCGAGGACUGCCUGCCCUUCUUGCAGCUGGCACAGGAUUACAUCUCUUCUUGCGGCAAGAAGACGCUCCAUGAAGUCUUGGAAAAAGUCUUCAAGUCCUUCAGACCUCUGCUGGGCCUUCCGGAUGCAGAUGACGACACCUUUGAAGAAUACAGUGCCGAUGUGGAGGAGGAGGAGCCAGAGGCAGACCACCCCCAGAUGGGGGUCAGUCAGCAGUAAACUACUCCUGUGCCCCUGGGGUAGCCUUUUGCAUUAGCUCUUCAAAACAGGACGUCUGGCUCCUGGCAUCCAAAUGAAAAUGAAAUACCUUUUAAAUGACCACACAAUAUCUGUGAUGGGCUUCUCUUAGAAGUGACCAGAAUUCCGGCCCCACUUUGGCGGGGUCUCUAUGGAGAUGUCUUGGUAGCCUUUGCCACUUUGAAGUUAGAGUCCGUGUUGUGGCUGCCUGCUCCCUCUUGAGUUUAUGUUGGAGAAUUAAUGUUUCCUGACUGGAAUGUAGAGAACUCUGAAUGUAUUAAGGAUGUGUUUUGAGUCCUCACGGGCGACCUUGCUGAGGAAAAACAUGACAGAGGAGAAAUGCAGCCUGCACUUUUUGUGUACCUUCUAAGUGUCCGUAAGUGAAAGGUUUUGCUUAGAAAGCAUGAGUUUUAAUAUCUCGUCGUGAACUGCCCAAGUGCGAAUGCAGAGGGUAAGGGUGGCCUAGGCUCCUUGGAGAGUCUCGCCUCAGCUGAACUGGUUCCCUGGGCAUGUAGCAGCCAGAUGCUGGUUAGUGUAAAUGUUUCGUGGUUGUUCGAUCGUUUUAAAAACUUGCUGAUUCCAAAGCCACUUUUAAAUUCUAAUAGUGGAAACUACAGAUGGGGGUGAAAGAUAUAAAUUAUUGAUUUCUUUAAGCUGUUUAUAAGCCUGCAUAUGAAACAAAACCUUUACCUUUUCUCUUUACGAGGAGAUGGCAACUUAGUAAUCAUGAAAACAACCAGAAUCCAAGCAAGUGCCCCUUAAGCUUUGAAGCCAUAGAUAAACCUAACAUGAAAAUAAAUCAGGAUUAAAAAAUAAAUUAAUAUAAUGAAAUCUUUUACUCUCCUAAUCUUUUAUCCUUUAAGAUGUCAAGAAAGGCUCCCACUGAAUUAAUUUAUUUAAAAUUGUAAUUAAAUACUCCAGGGAACCUACUUGCAGUGAAAUUUUAAAGUGACAUGAAAGUAGGAAUCUUAAUUACAGGAUUGGUUGGUUGAAAGAGGAUGCUCUUAAUGAUCAGGGCGCACAGACACUUCCCAGAAGUAACUGCCAUCAUCUUUAGGACAUUCUGUCAUGCCAUCUUGGGACCCAUCCGGGUCUUGGGUUCUCAGAACUUAGGAUAUCAAGCGCCCCUUUGCAGCACCCGAUUCCUCUGCGCACCCAAUUUGGGGAUGUUUCACACACACAUGCACACACAUACGCGCACACGCUGGAUAUGUUACCAGUACUUUAAAUUAAAAAAAGAAAAAAUUAGAAGAAGAAAAAAAAAAUCUGCAGCGGCAGAAGCUUGUUGUUCGGCAGGCAUGUCUGGGCAUUUUCUGUUUAACCCAGUGGCAGUGUGAGGAGAGUUCAGUGGCUGGGUGAAGUCACAUUCCUGUUUCCACCUGUGCGUUUGUACCUAUGUGUCUUA